CAGAAGGUUCUUGUAUUUAAUUUAUCCGUUUAGGUUUACCGAUAGGAAGCGAAUGUUCGACGUGUAUGUAAGCUUCGCCGGAUGGAUCGUAGUUUGCGUGAGCUGUCUGCCAUUCCCACUUUUACGAAUUAGUAACAAUACUACUAAUACUGACAAAUGUUUUGUGGAUUUGCCACUUGUGGACAUUGGGCUUCCAAAUUCCAUCAUGGCUGUGACGUUUGCUGAACUUUUUGGAUUUGUGACCCCUCUCACUAUUGUUCUCUAUUGCUCGUGGAGGACGAUAUUGUCAUUGAAAGAACCGGAUCACACAUGUCAUGACCUUGGGGAGAAGAGGAAGGCGCUGAAGAUGAUUCUAACUUGUGCUGUUGUUUUUUUGGUUUGUUUUGCUCCUUAUCAUCUAAGUUUUCCUUUGGAUUUUUUGGUAAAGGCAAAUAAAAUAGAGUCAUGCUCCCAACGGAAAACUAUUAAGACAUUUCACUCUGUUGCCAUAUGUUUGGCUAGCAUGAACUCCUGCCUGGAUCCGGUAAUCUAUUACUUUACAACAGACGAAUUUAAGAGACGACUGUCGAGGCAAGAUGUGCAUGACAGCAUUGAACUACAGAUUUACGGCAACAAAGUAUUACUUAAAAAGGAAUGUGAUAUAGAAUUUUAG